AUGGACCUGUCACCGCCUGCGACAACCGCGGUGCCGCGGCACACGCGCGUCGACGAACCACCUCACCCAAUGGUCUCGGUCGCCGAGGGCCAGGCCCUAGUGAAGGGCCGCCACAACACGCCCAGGCGACACUCCAGCCUCCGCUCCUCGUCCUCGUCCCCAGCAAAUGCACAACACACGCAGCAGCAGCAGCAGCAGCAGCAGCAGCAGCCACAACAACCGAACCGCGUGCGCGCUCUGUCAACGUCAACAACCCACCACCAGCACCACCAGCACCAUCAUCGCUUGUCGCCGAGCUGGUCCCCGACCCCCGCAUCCACAUCACCAGCGCGCGAAGGCAUCCUCUCCAACUCUCUCCACGGCAGCCUGCGUCGGCGAAGCUCCCGGCGAAGGGACGACCCACAGCGGCGCAGGUCUGUGCACUUUGCCACAAGCGCGUCCACCAGCCCCUCCAGGAGCCCAGUGUGCUCCCCAAACACCUCCACCCUCAACCUCUUCUCAAGCACCACAGCCCCAGGUGCACGGCCAGGCGCGCCCUCCCCCAAGUUCUCCUCAUCCCCCACCAUGCUGGCAUCGCUCACCCCGCCAGCGACGCCGCCCACCACCAUCACGUCGAGCCUGCUGCGAUACGAGGCAACAUACAACACGGAGGAGGAACCAACCAACAUCAUCUACGACAGCGUCGCGGGCAAGAAGCCCAGGCACAAGACAGACCCCGCUGUGCUUGCAGGCACGCCACAGAAGCUGCGUGCUACCCCGCACAGUCACACCCACAACCACGACCGUGUACGCCACGCUGUCCGCAACUGCCACGUUCGAAGCAGCAGCGACUGCGGUGUGCACGACACCGCCAAUCACGGCCAUCGCCUGUCCGACGGUCGUGUGCACGACACAGCACCAUGUACACAUUCGCGCUCACUGGACGAUACAAUUGACACAGAGUAUGUCGUUGCCGGUGCUGCUGGUUGUGACCAGAUUGGUGUAGCGGAUCAGGAACUGCUCAAACAGCAACAACGACACCACCAACAUGCCAGGCAGCUGCUCCUUGAGGACCAGCUGCACGACGUCUCCAUUGUUGAUGGCGAUGAGGCGGCUCGUCAUGAGGAGAACGCUUGCCGCUGGCAAGAGGGCGGCGCCAGUGUCGAUCACUGCCGUGAUGACUACACCGGCCAAAACACCACCUCCAACGACGACGACGACGAUCACGGGUACUGGCGUACGAGUUUGCUGGCGGAUGAUUCCCUCUUGACGCCUCAGCCACACCACAGCCACCAGCAGCUGCUGCAUGGAAGGAAGAGCGGGUCCGGUCGACGACGCUCCCUCUCUGAGGGCGGAGGUGGUCCCACCACCACCACCAACGCUGACAACAACAACAACAACAACAACAACAACAACAACAACAACAACAACAACAACGCUAUUACCAAAAGCAGCAGCAGCAGCAGCAGCAGAAGCAGUCGGCGCGCCAGCGUAAAUGGCGGCCAUCGCCACCACACUGCAACGUAUGCCGCACCCCCACCACCACCGCCUCCAGCGCCGGUGCCGCACAUGGACGAGGACUUCCGUGUCUUCCGCCACCAGAUUCGGACCAUCCAACGGCGCUUCCGCCUCAACGAGCUGCCAUACUACCAUGGAUGGAGGCGCAGGGCGUGGGUGUCUCUGCAGCUGCUGCGGCCUGGCGUUGGCGACGGCACGUUCCUCAUCCACUUUGAUAUUGUCAACAACCAGCUCAUGUUGCUGCUGUCGCUGUGCACGCCAUCGUAUGGCGUGGCACACGUGCCCAUUGAGCUCGUGCAAGACCAGACGGUCAUUGUUGAGGAGCAAAACUUUGACUCCAUCACCGACGCCAUUGCCAACUUCCGGCAGCACCCGCUCACCACCGCCAGCCCGGCAUCAAACUCCGAGCAGCAGGUCUCCUCGCCCCCACUGUCGCCAACGGCUGUCGUCGCAUCACUGCCGUCGCACGGCACGGCCCGCAACCCUCACCAACAGCAGCAGCAGAAGCAGCAGGGCGGGGCGUUCCUGAAAGGGUUUCUCCCGCGUGAUGUUGAGGUUCGCACGAUUCGGCGUAGCGCCUCGUACACCGCCCCUGCGUCGCACGCGUCCCCCGCGUCAUCUAGUGCCUACGUGGCACCAGAGGAAGAGUACGAUGACGUGGAACUGCAGCACCAGCACGAAGAGGAGGAAGAAGAAGAGCAGGAGCCGGAGGAGGAUGAGGGUGAUGAUGUUGACGACACGUUUCACAGCGGUCGUGGCGUGCGGCGCACAGGGAGUGUGAGCAGCGCUCACAGCCGCGCAAGCGACUGUGUCAGUGCCGACAGCGGGCUUGGCAGCAUCACCGCAACCCUCAUCAUGCCCAUGGACACCAUGACCAGUGGCGCUGGAGGCCACAGCCUCAACGUGCCGCGGACAUCAGCGCCGUCGUCCACGCGGCGGUCGCACGCGUCUGCCCCACGCCGAAGCUCAUCGCUGCGGAUGGAACGACGGUCCUCCUCCCUCACGGGAGUGAACGACGCUGUUGGGCGCUCGCCCCUUGCCCACGUCAUGACACAGCGGCACAAGCAGGGGCAGUACCAUGACUACCACCUCCACGAUUACCACAACGACGACGACAAUGACAACGACGGCAGCGACAGCACUGGCAAUUGCCCCGUGCAGCUGGCUCGCCCACCCUUGCGCCGAGCAAACGCAACGGCGCCAGCCCUUACUUCGUGCUCCAUGUCGACCACCUUGUAACACUCCCUCCGUAUCCGUGUGCAUGUGUGUGUCUGUGUGUGUGUGUGUGUGCGUGUG